AUGGCGUCCAAGCUAUGUUGCACGACGGAGCAGGAAGGACACCCAGACUCGCCAGAACUUCCAAAUGGUCGCAUGACGGAAGCUCCUACACCUGCCCGCCUACCACUCUUGCCAAAGCCGGUUGGAUCUGUGAACUCACGUUUCACCAGCGCUCGAACGGAAGACCUUCACGAAUUACGGCAAAUAUUCGACAAUGCGAAGGACAACGAGCCGACCCGGUUGUCUCCGACGAAGGCGGCUGCUCGCGCACGCUUCACAAAGCCGUCAAUAUACAGUUUGCACUCGAUUCACAGAAUGAAGAGCAUGCGAUCACUUAUUAGGCGGAAGUUUUCCCGAGACCUCGCCAAAAAGCCCUUUGGAGACCUGGCUCAGUCAAACGAGGGAAAGAAAGCUGCGAAAUCAGCUCCUGAGACCGUCAUCAAGCAACACAAAAGUAGACAUGAUGUGCAACUCCAGAUCACCAAAGACGACCUGAGGAAGGACCUCUUGAGUGACAAGCGGCGUGAUGAAGGCGGCUACGACUCUGACGCCCAGGUGCUCGACGACAUUGCAAAGAAUAUCGGGAAGAAGACACCGAAUAAGAGACCGAGCAUCCACAGUAUCGAUUGGACGCCCUCUACAACGAGCAAACCGACACCCGGCUCAUCACCCAAGAGCCGCCAAAGCUCCGACCGCGCCAGAGAUCUGCAACCGUACCACAUCAAGCCAACUCAUUCAGUAUCACUCACGACCAGACUCGGUCAGGUGUUCAGUUCUCCCAACCUGCAAGCCGAUACUUCAAAGGCACAAGAACGCAGAAUGCGGCGCUCCCACUCGGCCACCUCGAUCAGACUCCCUGAAUACUCCCCGUCACCACUGAGACUACCUAGUCUGAGGACACACGAUCCAGAUGGCAUACCUUGGUCGGUGGCCUUGAAUGAAAGUCUACGGCUAUCACACUCUCCUAUUCCGCCACGACCCCUUACGCCACAACAGUCGCGCGCUUCACUCAAAGUGUUCUUGAGUAACAAGCGAUCAAUCACAAAGGUCGGAACACAGGAGAUUAGCGUUCCUAAAGAGGCUUCAUACGACAAGGAAGCAGAGCAACCAACGCCUUCAACGGUGGUGCAAAUCCACGUGCAGGAACCAAACGCGCUGCCUACGCCUCGUCAAUCUGGUUCCCUUGGAGUGUUCACGCGAGGCAACCCUACGUCCAUUGCGCAGGAGUCAGCAAAAGAACCAGAUGCGAUCGAAGAAGAUCAGCCACGUCGAUCUAGCUUCCGAGUCCAACCAGUCCGUUUCGCGAUCGUUCCUUUUCUGAUCUCAGCAGAAUCUCCAAGUCCCAGCGGCAGCCCAGCCGACACGAGCGACAGACAUCUAGCUCAGGUUUUACAAGUUCUCGAGUACCUACCAAGUGGGGUAAGCACGAAGAAAUCAAAGUUUCGCGAGGAAUUCAGCCCUUCGCCACCCAAGAAGAAGUUGAUUCCGUCAGCUUCGAUUAUGAGAUUCUUCACCCCGAAGCGUAACAGUUUGCACAGCCAGAGUGAAGCCAGAGUGAAGCCAGGCGGCCACCUUCUCGAGGUAGACGGAUCGCUCGAAGUACCGGGUGCAGCUACGCAACGUGAGCGCCGACAAUCAAAAUCAGCGGUCAGCCUCGAAGCUGAGCAGAAAGCGUUGGGUAAGGAUAAAAAGGCGAGUCCAAUGUGGGAACGAGCCUUGCAGAACUAUCAGGAUGAGAAAGCUGCAAUGUUACUACCCAAAAACAAGGAGCUUGCUACUCAUACAAGUCCAUUCCGAGAGAGGAGCGGAAGCGUAUCACAGCCCAGGGUCAGUGAGGAGUCGAAUAACGCGAAGUUGAGCGCUUCCAAGCGGUUUUCCGCGCCGCUACUUGGCCCUCCGUCACCAGGUGCCGCAGAGUUCGAAGACUCGCCGUCGCUUUAUGUUAGACGUACAGCAUUCCUCGGAACGGACCCCAAUGCUCUCGACCCUGAUCAGAAAGCUCAUUUACACUUUACACAGCAGACUGACACUAUUGAAACUGUCGGUGCGUGGGGUCGUUACCCGUCUCACACUCGUGCGGACCGUACCUUUUCUGCUAGUCAUCAAGAUCAAGUCGAGACGCGCGACUUUGCAUUAGAGGCAGCCAUCAAGUUUGCAUUGGAUAAAACCAACGUUGGCGAUGACGGUGAUGACGGCGAAGAAGAAAUUGAUCCCGCAACACGUCCGAUCACGCCACCCCUUCUACCAGGUCAAAAGAAACGGAAGAAGAAGAAGAUCGGUAACACACGCAUGGCAAAGAGUCGAUCCAUGACCUUUGGUAAAUCGUUUCUCAAGAACUAUGCCAAGAUCUUCAGAAGCCAGAGCAUUGAGUUUCACAGACAUGGCCAAGGCCAUCGGAGCUCCAUUGCUACAGGUGGCACGCUGGAAUACCCGGAGCUUGAGAUCAUACCAGAUUUGUGGAAGCGCGGAAUCAUCAAAGAGACAAGUCAAGAGUCGAGCCACGGUAAUGAAGAGGCUUGUACCGCUCAAGAAGAAUACGGUCCAGGCGACAAGAAGGGGAAGGGGAAGAUGAAAGAAGAGGAUUCUACGGCGACGCUUCGGCCACUUCCUACCAGUUCCCGGCCGACCACGAGCAACCAAUUGCAGGCGGGUCUCGAUGGGACAAAAGACAUUGCACGGGUGUGGUCUGCAUACUACGAAAAUUGCCUACCGAGUUUCCCGCGUGCUAGCACCGAGCUAGACUUCAGUGCCGAGGACUUCGGAGCAACGACUCGUCGCUCGCUCGAGAACAGGCGCGCUUCUAUGCACUCUCGCACCAUGCCUGUGCGUUAUGUCAAGCACUCUCGUAAUGCGAGCCGCAUGAGCCACCUCAGUAGGGUUUCCUGGCACAUGAUAUGCGAUGUAUGCUGA